AGAUUUGAUGGCUUACUGCGAUUAUCUCCUCGACCAGCGGGGGAGUCUUACGGGUCACUUUUGACCUACAUUCUUGGUAAAAUAUGUUGUUCAAUCCUAUUGCAAACUAGUACGAAACUACCUAAAAGCAACUAGCGAGUUUCAUUAAUAUCCGGUAGGCAACAUGAACAGCCGGAAAUAUUCAAUUCAGGUGUUUUGCUCCAAAACUUCAGUCCUUUUAAAAACUUAAAAUAAGCAACUUUAUGUUGUCGUUGAUUUAGUGUUAUAGAAUGCGUAAGCAACAAUGUGACCCAAGAACCGGUAUGUAAUUCAUUUGCCUGGUAAAUUUGCGUUAUCUGUGAGUGGCAUCACCCAACCUCUUUCCUGGGGCUUUUUCCUUAAAAAAAAAGAAAAGAAAAAUGGGGAGGGGGGCGGUUUUCUAAGCGAAAAAUCACUGGUAACGAAGCUGUGACAUCGCUGUUCUUCUUUUUCAGGACAACAUAUGCAGAACACCGGAAAGGGACGAGUUGGACCACCUGGCCCUCCUGGGAAACAGGGACCGACUGGUGCUCCUGGGAAACAGGGACUGGUUGGUACUCCUGGGACACAGGGGCCUGCUGGUGGUCCUGGGAAGCCAGGACCAAUAGGAGCAAAAGGAUCAAAAGGUAUCAAGGACAAACGACAUAGAGAUCAAGGGAAAAACUGAAGCUUUUAUAACACCAACUGUGAAUGUAGGAAAAAGAGCAAAAGAAACCCCUCUCAGUUUAACAUACCAGUAUUUACAAGUUAGCCACCCGGUUAGCUGUAAACAAUAAGUUCCAUUAAUCGCCGAAUUUCAGCUAAUAUCUUACUUCUGGGGCUUUUGCAAGCAGGCCAUUUUUCAAUCGUUAUAUGCGUGAUUUGUAAUUGACAGUUCCAAUUUUGAGCACUUAAAUGCUGCAAUAAGUCGAGAUUGAGUGCUUGGGGUCUUUUUUAUACUUUGUAGGGGAACAGGGAAAACCAGGAACUAACAAGUCAUUCCCAGGCCCUCCUGGUCCCCAAGGAAACCAGGGAGCAGUUGGGAAGACUGGAGCCCAGGGACCACAAGGUGCAAAAGGAGAAAAGGGACAGGAUGGAUCUGGAAAUUCAGGGGUGAAGUACGUUCGCUGGGGAAGAACCACAUGUCCUAGUGGCGCUCAGGUAGUUUACAAAGGUAGGAAAACAGGGGCCCACAAAUGAUAAGUUACCAUUUACCCGUCUUGGUAGCGAAAAUCUCUUGAAAACUCGGCCUCUUUGGAAUAUACAUGACUUUCUUCACGAACUUGUAAGACAAUUUCUUUUCUUUUUCGCCAUAGCAUGCCUUUUCUUGUUUUUGUAUCAUUUUGUGUGUAACCACUGCUCACUUCGACUGGCUGUUGCUAACUUCGGGCGGUGUAAAUUUCUCACGAAUCAAUAGACUCAAUUGAACUGAACUCCUAUGUUUCUAACAGAGAGAACGACGAACUGAAAGCUGAAGACUAGUCAUUAUCAGUAAAAUUUCUAAAGUUUCUCAAAGUUGUUUUACAUUAAUCCGGUUCAGUCUUUAAACGUUAACAUCACGUUUCCUUUUGUUAACUCUCUCCAAUCUUUCCUGCAUAUUACCGCUCUUUGUAAUAUCAAACCUGGAUCUACCCAUCAUCUUCCACGGUCGAAAAUGAAGGCAGAGUGAGAUCUGGGUACGAGAUUGUACCCCUCGUUUUUCCUUAACAACGUGCGCUGUACGUGCGCUGUCACUGGUUACUUCGAGGUCACAUGACAUCUAACAACAAAAGUCUUUCCCGCCAAAAGUGUCUCAGCGGGCAACAUUGCAAAAUAUAUUUCGUCGGAAGAUUAAUAGUGCACUGUAAUCAGCGAAUGAUAACCAGCAUGGACCGCUCGACAGUGCUCGACGAGAUUUAAUUUUUUUAAAUUUGCACACGAGGUAGCCAGUUUGUUUGUUGGGCAUUUAGCAAAGUACUUAAUGACUGGUCCCUCGGAAAACUAUUUAAUUUUGUUUCCCUCGAAUCUAAUUGUCAUUUUGAUUUUCGGGAAAAAAAAUAACUAUUUCUCUUGGGAUCACAGGGCACCCCAUGUUCACAUUAGCCCACUGGAAGCCAUCCUCGGAGACCCAGGGGCAGUCAGUCGGGCCGGGAGAAAAGGCGCUACAAAAGUUUCAAGUACUUAAAAACUUUUGUAGCGCCUUUUCUCCCGGCCCGACUGACCGCCCCUGGGUCUCCGAGGAUGACUGGAAGCCAGAUUAUAAGGAUUUGUAUGGGAAUUUAUCGUAAGAUCAAUAAAACUGUUAAAAUGCACAUAAAUAGCCAUUUAAGUGUCUAUACCUCAUAAUGAGUUGUGUCUGUUUUGUUCUCUUAUUGUUUCCCUUCCUAACUGUAAACGCCAUUUUAGCAUGUUUUGAUGUUUUCGGUAAUGGCGUUUAUAAGACUGAAAACAGUGAGAGGAAGUGAGGAAAGUAAGGAGGUGCAUAUUCCAGAGUAUUGUACCAGAUUGAACCCCCAAAACUCUACAACCAUAAUAAUUUUUUCUCCUUGUACCAGGUAGAGUGGGUGGAGAAGGCCACACUCGCCACGGUGGUGGAGCGAACUACCUCUGCCUUCCCCACGAUCCAAAGUAUGACAAGUACAAAAAUGGCCAUCAGUUAGCUGGAUACGUGUACGGCACUGAAUAUGAAGUGCACCAAUACAACGGAGACCCUUUUAAGAGAAAUCUCCAUAAUCAUGAAGUACCAUGCGUCGUCUGCUUCGUCAAGUCACGUGGUUCAAUGCUGAUGAUGCCCGCUAAGAAUGACUGUCCGUCUGGAUGGACCGAGGAGUAUCAUGGGUAUCUGAUGACUGCAUAUCAUGGCCACGGGCAUUCAACCGACUUCAUCUGUGUUGACGGGGAUCCAGAGUAUGUUCCUGGUAGCAAUGCCAACAAUGAUGGUUCUUUGUUGUACCCUGUGGAAGGCGUUUGUGGUUCACUACCGUGUCUCCCUUAUGUCAACGGUCGGGAGUUGACAUGCGCUGUGUGUACCAAGUGA